AUGCGGAGGGCAUCGCCUUCGCCGUCUCCGGCGAGGGGCCCGGCGGUCUUCGCCGCCGCGGUCGUGGUGUUUCUGCCGGCCCUAUUCCCCGGGAUGUUCUCCCCGCUUGGCCACGCCUUCCCUUCUCUCUUCUCGGAGUGGAAUGCCCCUAAGCCAAUGCAUCCUUCUCUUUUAAAUGAGGCUUUGCGAUGGGCAGUUACAGACAAACAAAAGACAGAGCUAUGGUCACCCUUGCCAUAUCAGGGGUGGAGACCAUGCUUAAAGCCAUCAGUUUCUCACACAUUACCUCUGGAAUCAAGUGGAUACAUUCAAGUAUUUCUUGAUGGUGGAUUGAACCAGCAAAGAAUGGGGAUAUGUGAUGCCGUUGCAGUUGCAAAGAUUCUUAAUGCUACUCUUGUGAUCCCGCAUCUUGAAGUAAACCCUGUUUGGAAGGAUUCAAGCUCAUUUGAAGAAAUAUUUGAUGUGGAUCACUUUAUCAACUCCUUAAAAGAUGAAGUUUCCAUUAUCAAAGCGCUUCCAAAAGAAUUUUCUUGGAGCACGAGAGAGUACUAUGGCACAGGCAUCCGUGCUACAAGAAUAAAAACUGCACCUCUCCACGCCUCAGCAAAUUGGUAUUUGGAGAAUGUCAGUCCUAUCCUGCAAAGCUAUGGGAUUGCUGCAAUCGCUCCCUUUUCUCACCGCCUUGCAUUUGAUGAUUUGCCUGCGGAUCUUCAACGCUUGCGUUGUAAAGUUAACUUCCAAGCUCUGGUCUUUCGGCCUCACAUUAUCUCACUCGGAGAGACACUUGUGCAGCGCUUGAGGUCUCCAGUCCGGGGUCAUUCCAGUAAAUCUAUCCACCAAGUUGUAGAAGGAGGCACAAAUCAAGCUGAAAAAUAUGCAGUUUUGCAUCUCCGUUUUGAUAAGGAUAUGGCUGCACAUUCUGCCUGUGACUUUGGAGGUGGCAGAGCUGAACAGCUAGCUCUUGCUAAGUACAGGCAAGUUAUAUGGCAAGGGAGGGUAUUAAAUUCACAGCUAACUGAUGAGGAGCUUCGGAACACAGGACGCUGCCCAUUGACCCCAGAAGAGAUUGGGCUGUUACUGGUAGCCCUUGGCUUUGACAGCAGAACUCGACUCUAUCUUGCUUCUCACAAGGUAUAUGGUGGAGAAGCCAGGAUCUCUAGCCUGCGCAAACUAUUUCCAUUGAUGGAGGACAAGAGGAGCCUUGCAUCUGAAGACGAACUUGCUAAUGUUGAAGGGAAGGCUUCUGUUCUAGCAGCUCUUGACUAUUAUAUCAGCAUGCAUAGCGAUAUUUUCAUCUCCGCAUCUCCUGGAAAUAUGCACAAUGCUUUGUUGGCUCACCGAACCUAUGAGAACUUGAAGACCAUAAGGCCGAACAUGGCAUUGCUGGGCCGCAUCUUUGUGAACAAGAGCAUGGAGUGGCCAGAGUUUCAGCAGGUUGUACAGGCAGGACACAAAGGAAGAUACGGGCAAAUCCGGCUGAGAAAGGCAACGCAAUCCAUCUAUACUUAUCCUGCACCUGAUUGUAUGUGCCAAGGAUAG